AUGAAUAUAUUUAAGAAAAACCAGUUAAAUUUACAAUCGUUACCAUUAUUAAAUAACAAACAUGCUACAACGUCAAAUACCAGGGAUAUAGAUAGAGAUGUGUUGGAUGAUGAUAAUGACUUAAUUCUCGAUCAUCCUACAUCUCCUAAAUCUCCUACAUCUCCUAAAUCACAAAACUUCUAUCCAUCUUCAUUUUUAUCAAGUACAAAAUCAAAAAAUUCAAAAUCAUUAAAAAAACAUUCAUCAUCUAUACCUUCUUGUUUAAAUGUUUCUAUUUCAAUUCAACGUGAUAAAUUUGAUGAAUUAAAUGAAUUAGAAUCAAAUAGAAUAAUUGAAGGAAUAAAUGAUCCGUAUAAUUCCAUAUGGUCAUUAUCAUCAUCAUUAUUAAAGUUAAAUAAAAAUAGAAAUAGAUAUACAAAUGUUUCGCCGUAUAAUAAAUCAAGAGUACAUUUACCUACAAUUGCUGAAACAUAUUCAGAUUAUAUAAAUGCAAGCUAUAUAAAUUUAAAAUUACCAAGGUCCAUAAAAAUUAAUAAAUUUAUAGCUUGUCAAGGACCCUUGACAAGUACAAUUAAUCAAUUUUGGACAAUGUGUUUUAAUGAACUGGAAAAACAAAAUAAUGAAAUCAUUAUAAUAUUAAUGAUAACUCCGUUAAUUGAACAUGAUAUGAUAAAAUGUGAUAAAUAUUGGCCUGAAUACAAUGAAGAAUGGAAAUUUAAUGAAAAAAAUGAACUUGAUGGACUUGAAUUUGAAAAUCUUUCAAUUAAAAAUGUUAAAGAAACAUCAAUUAAUAAUAAUGAAUAUUUAUUAACUGAAUUGGAAUUAAAAAAUUUACACAAGACAAAGAAAGUUUAUCAUUUUUAUUAUUAUAAUUGGUCAGAUGCAAAAAUUCCACCAUCAUCUGAUCCAUUAAUCAAUUUAUCAAAUCAUAUUAAUGAAUUACAACAACGAGAGAUUGAAAAUAUACCGGUUCCAAUUGUUCAUUGUUCUGCAGGUGUUGGAAGAUCGGGUACUUUUAUUGCAUUUGAUCACUUAUAUAAAAAUAGAGAAUAUUUUAAAGCUUUGAUUCAAAAUUUAAGUAAUAAUGAUCAUGAUAAAAAGAAAGAUAUAAUUUAUAAUAUAGUUUAUCAAUUGAGAAGUCAAAGAAUGAUGAUGGUUCAAACUAUACAUCAAUAUAAUUGGUUAUAUGAAGCCGCUAAAUUAAUAUACAAGGAAUAA